GCUCCCUCCACUAGCUUCAAAGUCGGGCCUGAAAGGUUUCGCAGUCGCUCAUUCUCCUCCGACGCUCUUUCUCCCUUCCUCUCUCUCUCUACCACGACGAUGGCGACCCCCGUUGUGGCCGCCGCUGUCCCGUCCGUCUCGGCUAUUCAGUCGGCUGCCGCGUCCUCCAGCGCCGGCUUCAACCACGCCAACCUGGUGUUCAACGUCGACAUCUUCCUCCUCGCAUUCCUCGCAUUCUUUGUCCUGCUCUCUCUUCCCCGUGCUGUCAUCCGCUUCUCGCACAAGUCUGAGUGGUUCGCUGGCAUUUAUCUCCGCUGGGUUGAACCCAGGCCGUGGCGACCUCCGACCUUCUACCAGCUCGCGGACGAGCUCGAUAUCCCAACUGCUGCAUACGUCUCUCCCUCAAAGUCUGCUCCCUGGCCUAGCAACCACAAUGAAGACGAAUCCGACAAGGCGGCACUAUCGAGGAACGCGAGCAAUUCCUCAAAGGCUCAUCUCCUCCGCAACAACACCCAGUCCUCCACGCAAACUACCCGCGCGCAACUUGUGCGUGCCCAGUCCCGUCGCAAUCGCAAGCUCGACCUUCCGGUGCACAUGCCGAGCUGGACUACCAUGAUCCCGUCGCUCUCGUGGAUCGCUCGCAUCCCCAUACGGCCGGGCCUCACCGUUGGCGGCGCUUCUAUCAUGGUGGCCUACUUCAUCACUUUGUGCUACGCUGGAUUUUUCGAGUCCGACAUCUUCAGCGAUCCUGUCCGUAUGGGCUGGGUCGCCAUCAGCCAAAUCCCGGUUGUCCUGGUGCUUUCGGCAAAGAACAACAUUGUUGGGAUUCUGAUCGGAGCGUGCUACACACGGUUGAAUUACCUUCAUCGAUUUGCCGGCAGACUGUUGGUCCUCGCUAUCAACAUCCAUUCUCUGGGCUAUUUCUAUAACUGGGCCCUGAAUGCGGGCGGCUCGACGAAGCCUCUCACGAUCGCCCAGCAGCUCGCGAAGCCGUUGCAUCUCACCGGCUUUGUGGGCAUGCUUGCCGCCAACCUUAUCUUCGUCUUUUCGCUUAGCUACGUUCGUCAGCGGUUCCAUGGAACAUUCAAGGUGUUGCACGUAAUCGGCGCAAUCAUUUUGUUUAUCGCUGUCUACCUCCAUGCUCCGUCGGCAGGCGGAUAUUUGCUCGUUGCGCUCGGUGUCUAUCUCUUCGACCGAGUCGCUCGUCUGCUCAAGACUCGCUACACCACUGCCCGCGUCACUGCUCUCUCCGAGCUCGGCAUGACUCGCGUCGAGGUGCAAGGCAUCAACGCAGGCUGGCGUGCAGGUCAGCAUGUCCGCAUCCGGGUGCUCGAGUCUGAACUCUCCGGCAAGACUAAGCUCGGUAUGCUCGAGUGCCAUCCGUUCACCAUCUGCAGCGUCGCCCAAAGCCCGUCCGGCGAGAACCUCACGCUCAUGUGCAAGAAGACCGGCGCGUGGACCAACAGUCUCUUCGAUCUUGCGCGCGGCAUGGAGUACGGCUCGUUCUCGUCAGACGACAGCCGCGCCGAGAAGGGCUCACAGCCACGAGAUGUCAAGCUGCUCAUCGAGGGCCCGUACGGCGGCCCGAACCACACGAUCUACGCCUCCUUCUCUGGCGCGCUCGUCGUCGCAGGCGGGAGCGGCAUCACGUACGCGCUCGGUGUGCUGCAGGACCUGCUGCAGAAAGACCGCGAGGGCCGCUCGCGUCUCAAGUGCGUCGAGCUCGUGUGGAGCGUGCAGGACCCGAGCGCGAUCCUGCCGCUGCUGCACCACCUCUCGUACCUGCUCGCGCAGAGCAACUCGCGGCUGUACUACACCUCGCUCCAGAUCUCGGUCUCGUACACGCGCUGCUUCGCGAACCCGCCGCCGCACGUGCUCAAGAUCCUCCAGCACCUCCCCGCCGGCCUCCGCGUCACGCCCGGCCGGCCGAAGCUCCAGAGCACGCUCAACAGCGUCGUCGACCGCGCCUGCGCGCUCUUCCACCGCAACAGCGAGGACAGCGCGCGGCGCCGCGGCGGGGCGGAUGGCAAGAGCAUUGGCGGCCGCCCGGACUGGCGGAGGACGUCCGCAACGCUGUGCGUGCCGUCGAGCCCGACCGCCGGAAGCGGUGUGGCGGUGUCGAACUGUUUGACGAGGUCUUCGGCCACUAAUCGCGUGUCUGCCGCAACGGCACAGCAUGCCGCAAACCGAAUUUCCGCGAAUCGAAUCUUUCUAGAUGUCUAAUGCCCAUGUGCUUCCUCUCGACGAGGACCUCGCUAGCUCUCCCCUCCUUUACCCUACGCACUCGUUUGAUUAUCCGCUCGCUCGCUCGCCGUGCGACCGAGCGUUGCCUCAUGCCCGCAGGCGGGGCCCGUAUUCGCUCGCCACUGGUCAGGCCGCGCUGUAAUACGUCCUUUCCCGCCGCGGCCGUUCGCUGUGUGAUGCUCUGGUAGUGUACUGCUGUCUGUACCGCCGUGCCCGGCGUGUCCGUCUCGUUUUGCUGUCGCUGUGCUCUGCAGGCUGGUCUAUCCUAGUUUAUUGUUUUAUCGACGCGCUGGUCUGUGGUGAUGCUCUCCCUCGUAUAUUUGUUUAUGACGAAAGGACGAAGCACGGUCACGACGCUAUGUAUCAGUAGUCUUCG